AUGGCCCACAUCUCAACAUGCCCCCCUCUUGUCCGGGGAUCUGUCAUACAAGCUCAUACCCUAAUCAGACCUUACAUCCACCGUACCCCAGUCUUGACAAGCCGUACUUUAGACCAGCUCGCAUCAAUUCCGCAAGAGCGCCCUUUGCUCACGAAUCCGCGACCAGCAAGCCCCAUCAUACGAUUGUUUUUCAAAUGCGAAAACCAACAAGUCAUCGGCGCAUUCAAAGCCCGUGGUGCUUUCCAUGCCAUCGAACGACUCAAACAAGAGCCAGGUUGGCAAGAAAAUGGUGGUAAAGAAAACGGUGUUGUUGCUUUCAGUGCAGGCAAUCGUGCUCAAGCUAUCGCCAUUGCUGGUCGUGACAACGGAAUGCCGGUUCACAUUGUGAUGCCCAAUACUUCGCGCGCAAGCAAAAUAGCAUCCACAAAGAGCUAUGGGGCUAACAUCGUUCUCAGCAGUCCCAUAGACCGCGAAGUUAUCGCAAACCAGAUAGCGGCAGAGACUGGUGGCCGGGUGAUUCCACCAUACGAUCACCCAGACGUGAUUCUUGGGCAAGGUACGGUGGGACUUGAACUACAGGAGCAAGUCGAAGAUCUCGAUGCCAUCAUUUCCCCUUGCAGUGGCGGUGGUUUACUAUCUGGGGUCGCCAUCAGCUGUGAGGGGACGGGGGUGAAGGUUUUCGGCGCUGAGCCUGAACUGGACGGUGCGGAUGAUGGUCGACGCGGGUUUCUGUCUGGCAAACGUGUUACGCAUAUCAAAACAAGUACAAUAGCAGACGGUCUCAUUGGUGUGGUGGGUGACUAUCCUUGGAGCGUGAUCUAUGAGCGUGAACUAGUCAGUGGGAUGUUUGCCGUGUCGGAGGACAACAUUCGGGAUGCGAUGAGGUUGUUGGUGGAGAGAAUGAAGAUAUGGGUAGAGCCUACUGCUGCUGUUCCUUUGGCAGUUGCCUUGUACAAUGAGGAGUUCAGAAAGAGGGUCCAGGAAGAGGCAGGCUCUAAGGGUUGGAACAUCGGUAUUGUGCUCAGCGGAGGAAAUAUCGACAUCGGCAGUUUCAGCAAAGUUUUCCACUAG